GGCGCGACGUCGGCGGCGGCGGCGGCGGCGGCGGCAGCUGCAAGUUGGGCUGCAGGGGCAGCGCAUACACUACAAUGGCUGCUGGAAAGAGGCGUAAGGAAACAAUUUCCAGGCCCGCCGCGUCCAGCCCGAAAUAUGAGAAAAAAAUUAUUAGAAAUUCCGCGGGCGGUGUAAAGGCGGCGGACGGGCCGGAGGGAGGAUGUUAAAGCCCCGCGGUUGCCUCUUGGUGCUGCUUUGGCCGUAUUUGGCACCCAGAAUGCUUCAUUCUAUCAUGGUCUAUUAAUAAGGUUACCUUGCUAGAGUUUGGAGCAGGGGCUCAGAUUGGCCAAAAUGGGAAGGACUGGAUUCCGCUCUCUUCCACGAAGAGUCAGUGGGACUGGCUAAGAUCAAGGUCUGAGGCUUUUUUCCAUCUGUCAUCAGUCCCUUUUUGCUUUCUUUUACGACCACAUGAAACUUGAGAAGCCACCUAAAGCUAAAUCAUUUAGUGGAGUUGGGCAGUUCCCAAGUGUCCAACAAGAAGGCCUGGUUUAGGCUGCGAUGGCCACUGUCAUUCCUGGUGAUUUGUCAGAAGUAAGAGAUACCCAGAAAGUCCCUUCAGGGAAACGUAAGCGUGGUGAAACCAAACCAAGAAAAAACUUUCCUUGCCAACUGUGUGACAAGGCCUUUAACAGUGUUGAGAAAUUAAAGGUUCACUCGUACUCUCACACAGGAGAGAGGCCCUACAAGUGCAUACAACAAGACUGCACCAAGGCCUUUGUUUCUAAGUACAAAUUACAAAGGCACAUGGCUACUCAUUCUCCUGAGAAAACCCACAAGUGUAAUUAUUGUGAGAAAAUGUUUCACCGCAAAGAUCACCUGAAGAAUCACCUACAUACACAUGACCCUAACAAAGAGACAUUUAAGUGUGAAGAAUGUGGGAAGAACUACAACACCAAGCUUGGAUUCAAACGUCACUUGGCCUUGCAUGCUGCAACAAGUGGUGACCUCACUUGCAAGGUUUGUUUGCAGACUUUUGAAAGCACAGGAGUGCUGCUGGAGCACCUUAAAUCUCAUGCAGGCAAGUCAUCUGGCGGGAUUAAAGAAAAAAAGCACCAGUGCGAGCAUUGUGACCGCCGAUUCUACACCCGGAAAGAUGUCCGGAGACAUAUGGUGGUGCACACUGGAAGAAAGGACUUCCUCUGUCAGUAUUGUGCACAGAGAUUUGGCCGAAAGGAUCACCUGACUCGACAUAUGAAGAAGAGUCACAAUCAAGAACUUCUGAAGGUCAAAACAGAACCAGUGGACUUUCUGGAUCCAUUUACCUGUAAUGUUUCUGUGCCUAUAAAAGAUGAGCUCCUUCCGGUGAUGUCCUUACCUUCCAGUGAACUGUUAUCAAAGCCAUUCACAAACACUUUGCAGUUAAACCUCUAUAACACUCCAUUUCAGUCCAUGCAGAGCUCGGGAUCUGCCCACCAAAUGAUCACAACUUUACCUUUGGGAAUGACAUGCCCAAUAGAUAUGGAUGCUGUUCAUCCUUCUCACCACCUUUCCUUCAAAUACCCAUUCAGUUCUACCUCAUACGCAAUUUCUAUUCCUGAAAAAGAACAGCCAUUAAAGGGGGAAAUUGAGAGUUAUCUGAUGGAGCUACAAGGUGGCGUGCCCUCUUCAUCCCAGGAUUCUCAAGCAUCGUCAUCUAAACUAGGGUUAGAUUCUCAGAUUGGGUCCCUUGAUGAUGGUGCAGGGGACCUCUCCCUGUCAAAAAGCUCUAUUUCCAUCAGUGACCCCCUAAACACACCAGCAUUGGAUUUUUCUCAGUUGUUUAAUUUCAUACCAUUAAAUGGCCCUCCCUAUAAUCCGAUAUCAGUGGGGAGCCUUGGGAUGAGCUAUUCCCAAGAAGAAGCACAUUCUUCUAUGGCUCAGCUCCCCUCACAGACACAGGAUCUUCAGGAUCCUGCAAACACUAUAGGUCUUGGCUCUCUGCACUCUCUGUCAGCAGCUUUCACCAGUAGUUUAAGCACAAGCACCACCCUACCGCGUUUCCAUCAGGCUUUUCAGUAGGACGCCAGGACGUGGGUUUAUUACAGAAACGUAUGUGUAGCCCUGCCUUAGAUGACUCUUUUUAUUUUAGUGCCUACUUUUAGACAGUAUAAAAGUUUCUGCUUUUGUAUAGUACCAAUUUUUAUUAAGCCAGUAUAAAAUAGAAACUAGCUUUGGAACCAUUGGUGUCCAGUUAUGUUUACCUGGGUAUUUCAUCCUAAUUCACUGCCAAUUGUCAUAUUUUAAGGUUAUUUUUCAUAUAGGAAAGCCAUUAUUAGUAGUAAAGUCUUACAAAUCCCACAUUCAAAUUACUUUUUCAUCUUAGAAUUUUUGUUCCAUUACUAAUGGCUCUGCCUUUUGACAUUUGGCUCAUUAAAAAAUUUUGCAAGAGAAUGUAAAUUUUCUAAAAUGUAUAUGAAUAACCCAAGAGUUUUUUUAAAUCUUUACUAGCUUCUAAAUGGAUUCAUAAAUCAAAUGUUUCAAAUGAAUUAAGAAUCCAGUUUGGGGAGAUAACUAGUAUUUCUUAGAUAUACAAUAAUUUCAGGUCAGUAUAUUUUGAAGACUUGCUAUUGUCUGGCUCAAAUAUUUGCUGUCUUUAUUGUUCACAUAUAAAGAAAACAAAACCCAAACACAAAGCACCAGUAUUUAUAGCAAAAAGAGAUUCCUAUUAAGGUGAUACCGCACUCCAUGUUACUUAAUAGUUGGCCUUAAAUUAGUACACAGGAUAUUUUGCCACGUUUUAAACUGCUUAACUUGCUCUCUUUCCAUUUAAUACUAACGUAUAUGGCAUCGGAGUCUUCAAAGUCAGUAUAUAGACAGCUCUCUUUGAUAUUUUCCACCUUUCAAGGCCAAAGGGUGGGUCAAGUGCAGCCAGCAAUUUUAUUUUCAUUGUUAGUCCAGAACCUAGAACCAUUGUGGAACACAGGUAUUAGGUGUAUUUACCCCAGAGUGGACUGUCCCAGGUUAGAUGGUGUGAAAAACAUCCUAAGCGGGAAGAUAGAUGCGAAGUAUACAGUUCAACUUGGGAACUUGUCUAGGGGUCAUGCCCCUGUUGCCAGAGUUGGAAACUAGACUGUUUAGGAGUAAAGUAAAAGCCUAUUGCUUAUAUCACUUAUAGCUAAAUUUGAUUACAUUUUCUUUCCCUUAAGAGCCAAAAGCAAAAACAACAGUUUUGCACUAGGGUAUCUUUCUUAUUCAGUGUUAAUUCAUCUUUCCUUGCUAUUUUCAGAUGGAGAAUUUAAAGUGAAAUGCAUUAGAAAACUAUUUGAAGAAUGAUCACAAAGUUUUAAGCAACUAAAAAUAUAUACAGUAAAACCCACUUUUACACAUCUCUGGGAAAUGCGGAGAAUGUUGUAAAUAAGUUGAAUUUUUAGAGGGAGAAAAAGUAAAGUAAAACAAGCACUAUCUUAGUUAAUGUGAAAAUAAUCAAAAAUAUUCUGUUCACUGAAUAAAAUCGUUAUGGGCUUUCCUCAUGUUAGACAACGACCAUAAUCUUCUGAAAGGUCAAAUUAUUAUAUUUUUCUAAUUGUCAGUAGGAACAUCAACUUUUAAAAACAUAUCUAUUAAGCACUUGUUAACACCUUAUUUGGGAGCCUGUCCGUUGGGGCAGGUGGGGGGGUGGGGGAGGGAUGGGAGGUUAUAGAAGAGUAUAUAUCUCUCUAAAAAAGAAAAAGAAAAAAAUUUUUGAGCACUCAGCCCUAUAUGGAAGCUUCUUUUUCUAUUUAUAGGGCCAAUUAUCACUGCAGAUUGCAAUGUUUACCAAGAAUUUCUAAAAAUGAGUGCAGAUUACUGAAUAUAAUGCAUUAUUUAAAAUAUUUGGGAGUAGUAUAAUUUGUGGAGGAAUGUAAAUUGUAAUAAUGUAAAUGGGGGUUUCACUAUAUAUAUUAUAUCUAUACAUACACACACACACACACACACACACAUUUAUCGCACUUCAUAGAAUCAAAGUUGCUCUCUUAAGGAACUUUGGCUCCUGAUAUUUUAUCAUGCUCCUAUUUUUUUAGUCCUAGGAGCUGUAGUUUUAUACUUAUGUAUUUAAAUUUUAUUAUUAAAAAUUACAUUUUAUAAAAGUGUUCCAAAGGCAUUAAGAUUAUAUAUGUUAAUAAGGAAAUACAUUUAAAAGUUUUUUCAAACUGCUCCUAAGCUUUUGAUUAGGAGAAUAUUUGCUCUGAAAGUAGGCUUUUAGCUCUGCUUUAUUACUGCUUCCUUUAGUUUCUAUGAAACAGAUUGCUUACCGAAAUCAUUAGUUGAAUGAUUAGUGUUCAAUAUUGCUUUAAUGACCAUUUUUAAAAAUGGAAAAAAAAAUUGGUGACAGAGCACAAAUAAAUAGAAAACCUAUUUUUAAAUAGAAAUCACAAAUACAAGUGUGGAAACACUACUUUAUCUAAAAUUUGUUAAAGAGGAAAUCAAAUUGAUGAACUGAGACAUUGGCCUUAGUAGGCUGUAUUUCACUGCUAAUAAAAAAUUUUAAAAAGGGAGUACCAGGAUUUAUUAAAUAAAGCAUUUUAGAAAUGGGAAUGGCGCCAUAUAUGUAUAUUUUUUUUAGCCUAAUUCUCGCCCUGUAUGGAUUUUAAAUACAUGGAGGCACAUCUUUCAGGGCACCAGUAUUAAAAGUAUAGAGUCUUAAUUUUCAUACAUACACCUCUUUGCCUGUUGCUGCCCCACAGACUUAAAAUAGCACUUCCAAGUAAGAGGGAAUUCAGCUUAAUUUGUUGUUGUUGUUUUUAAUUGACUGUAGUGGUCACUAAACCAUUUUGGAGAGAAUUUCUAUUAAAGAUGAGGCAGACUCAUUUAUUUUCAUUGCACAAUGGUCUAAGUAUGCAACACAGAAUUGGCUCUCUUUCUUUCCUAGAAAAAAAAGUUGACAUCUGUUUUUAUGUCAACUGGAUAUAAUUAAAAAUAAUUAUUGCCAAUGCUGUUUUUAUUCUCCAGUGGCCAGAAUCAUCAUCCUUGAAAUUUCUAGUAGUGCCUUUGCUUGGUUAAAAAUAAAAAAAAAUAAUAAUAAAGAUUAUCAUUAAGUAAAAAUGUUUCAGUUUAGAAUGUGGACCUCAGACAAGAUAUUGAACCUCAUUCAGUUCGAACUUCCACGUGUGUGUGUGAAAAUUAGAUCACCAGACAUGGAAGCAUGACUGUGGAAGGAUCAUGGCACAGUAAGCAAUUACUAUCCAUUGAUAUAUGCAAAUUUCAUCUUUAUACUUAUUGGUCACUGUUAAAAUUUGCAUUUUUAAAUCCUAUCACCAAAUUCAGUUUUUCAAAACUUGAGUUGUCCUGGCUGAUCACGCACCACUCUUUGUGCAGCUUUUUAAUUUCAUUUAGUAUUUCUUCCAAACUACGUAUUUUUGCCUAUUUGUUGCUUGUGCUUUAUUAUUCUUAGUCAUUUGUGUUAAUUUGGACAGUAGCGGUUUUUAAAAACCAUAUACUGACUGAAACAUGAGCCAGAGCUGAUUGCUUUUCUAAGCUAAUAAUGAAUGUUAAAGAGUACAUAUUUUCAGGAUCAUUCAUCUAGUGAGCAAUACACAUAUAUAGGCCAAUAUAUUUUUUUUUAAUAAAAAUAGAGCUUGGUCAACCUCUAUACUACACACAUUACAAGAUAUAGCACUUUCAAACAAUCUAAACCUUUACAGAAACUUUCUUAUAGGUUAUGCCUUUUAUUUUAAGACUUAUUAUGAUUUGUUUCAAGUGCCAUUAGAUGAUAUAUAUGUAGAUCUUUGAUAUAUAAUGCUUUGUGUUCAAAAAUGGUAGACGAUAUUUUAAACAGGUACAUUUUUACAGUGUUUUCUUAUCAAUUUGCUAUAUUGCACAGAAUCAGUGUGUGUCUUUUCAUAAGGUUUUACAAUGGUUUAUUUUUUUACAAGGUUUACGUGUCUCAAAACACACUGUCUUCCCAGUAUGUAAAUGUAAAAAUACCAGUUCACCCAAGUUGCUUCUAGCCUACUGAGAUCCAUGUGACAUUGGAGGAGAUCAUUUAAAUGUUGAGUAUUCUUCAUUAGUAAUGGCAGACUGUUAUCUCUGACAAAUGAGUGGCUAAGUUGACUUUGUCUUAUUUUUCUCACUGUGUCGGUAGUCAUGUCGACAACACAGGUUGUUUGUUAUGAUUACAUAGAUUACAUAAGUUGUCUUGUGUAGUUUUGUGCUAAAAACCCAUAAGAGCUACUUUCUGAUCAUAUAAAGCAACUCAAUACUAUCAACAAAAAGGCACUCAAAGAUCACCCAUAUGCCCUCCUACAACAUUAUCAACCCUCUGAGGAUGGAAGGCAGUGUCUUUUGAUAAGUUACCUAGCUGUAGAAAUAACAGAACUAUUGCUAAUGUAUAACAUACUUCAUUAUAUAAGCUUCAGUGGUACAGAUGAACCAGAAUGAAUGUUUAUCUUCUCAGAAACACUCCUUCAAUUAUGUUGGAUCAUGCUGCUAAUGUAACUUGGGAUACAACUCUCCAUGGUGCUACAAACGUCUCUGUCUCAUUCAGUCGUAUUUUUUUUUUAUCCAUAGGAAAAAAGGACUUCAUUAGGUGUAAAGGUGUACAAUAUAUUUUUAUACUGUGACUUAAUUUGUCAUUAACAAACUUUUACACCACACACCACAAUGUAUUCAUGUGCACUUGCAAAAGGAAAUCUUGGACAUGCAAAUGUUACCAGAACAAACCCAGCUUUUGUCCACAAGAUGACUGUAACUCAUAAAGAAAAGUGGGCUUUAUAAUAUGGUAUAGAGUGAAGAACAAGCUAUGUGUUACUAAUGGCCCUUUGAAUUUAACAAAAACUGGGAAUCCAUUAGGAAAUGAAUUGCAUCGUGCCUGAACGUAAGCUGGACUGCUGAAAUUGUAUUUUUAGCUGAUGAAAAAGUGUUUGAACUAAUAUUUUUAAAUGUUCUAAUGAUAAAGUUUUGAGUCAAAAUAGAAAAGAAAAAAAAUCUGCAUUCCAGGCUGAAUUUUGUAUAUUUUUAUUGCAUUUAAAAUGGCUAUUCUGUGAUAUUGGGAAAUCAAGUGGCUUAUCAUGUAUAUCAUGUACUUAAAAUGUAUUCACAAACUACUGUUGUAUUUGUAUAAAAUAUAGACAAAGAUCGUAUUUUUUGCGUGUGUAUAAGCUCUGUAAAAUAGCAGUCACAUUAUGAAGCUGCAGUAAUACUACAUUUUAAACAUCCACAUCCAAAGAAGCAGGCUAUUUAUUGUCCAGUUAUUCAGAUAUAAAAUAUUAACUUGCUGCUAAUUAAACAAUAGUACUGCA